AUGGGCCGUGGACGUGUCAUUGAAGCCGAUUCCCCACAGAAAUCCUCCGCAAACGACCAACUUCUCCGGAUUGUCUCCCUCGUCUUCCUCUCACAUACAACUGACAUGUCCUGUGAUUUCUGUCGCAAGAAGCAUAUCAAAUGUGAUGACCAGCACCCACGAUGUGGGCGCUGCGUAAAGGCUGGUCGACAGUGCAUCCGUAGGCCAACGCAGUAUCGACGCAUUUCCAAGCCACAAAAAUUCGAGACACAGCAGGUUUGGGUGCCCGUUCCUCCAAAAGGACAUGGGAAAGCCACGAACCACCCCUCGGAAGAGAGAGACAUUCAACAGGGAUCUAUGCACGUGCCACAACUUGACCAGCUGUCGAAUGAGGUGGUACUCGCACUGAAUGAUCCAACGCCAUUUCUGGCUGGACAAGCGCUGCGUCCUAUACUGAGAACACGCGAGGACGACACACCCUUUUCCACCAAAGAAUCCGCCGAGUUAAUGAGAUACUUCAUCGACAAUUGCGCUUGCUUCUUCGACUUCAGCGAUGCUGACAGACAUUUUGCGGACGAGGUCCCCCUCAGAGCUCGCCAGAAUGCAACGUUGGCCAACGCGAUGCUGGCACUGGCUGCUCGGCAUCGAAGUCGGACGGGCGAGUUUGAACAUUUCGCAGCCGAUCGAUAUUACAACGCGUGUCUUCAAACCAUGAUCCCAAAGCUCGGGGACAAGUCGGCGAUCCAAGACGAUGAGCUUCUUGCAGCCAUAGUCAUUCUACGACUAUUGGAAGAGAUGGAUGUACCAAUCGUGGGAUCAGACCCUCAGAAACAUCUCUUCGGGACCCAGGCCCUUAUCAACGCGUCUCAGGCUCGCCCUCAGCUAUCAGCAACGGCAUUGAGAAAGGCGUGCUAUUGGGCGGCUUUUCGCCAGGAAAUUUUCAUGUCCAUCACUACGCAAAGACCUUUCAAUCUGAUUCUGCCCGAGAUGCAGCCGCCUUCGAGCCCUGUGGAUGACUGGUCGUGGACGGUCCAGGCCACGUACCAAUGUGGCAAAGUACAGGCCUUUGUCUUUGGCGAGGAAUCUACAACGCUGUCAAGGUAUCUGCAAUUGAUGGAAGAUAUCGAGACAUGGCAAAGAGAUCGUCCAGCAUCUUUUGACCCUGUAUACCAAGGGCUGAACCGUCUGGAGCACGCUUUUCCAGAUAUUCGAAUCCAGAUGGAUUGUCACGUCAUGGGUUGGCAAUACAUAACCAUGGCACAUCUGUUGCUCAGCGCACACCGUCCAUUGCCCCGUGUUGGUCCAUCCCACAGGCGAACAAUGAUGGACAUGGAAGAGGUCGUCAAACGAGACGUCAGGACAUUAUGCGGAAUAGCUCAGUCAAACCCACAAACCCCUCCGGCUAGCCUAGUGGCCUGUAUGGCCGUAGCAUUGUGCAAUCGGCGAUCGCUUCGAUUCCCAGCGGGAGCAGGUGCUUUUAAGAGAUCUCCUGGUCCAAACAGAGCUUCGCACAGGGUGGCCAACUUCUAUAGCACGGGAACAGCUCGAACGGACCUGGAAUGGGGCGUGAACGACUCCGCACCCACCCGCGUCACCCCAUCUGGCCUACAGUUCUCAUCUUGGGGAAGAGACUUUGGUCUCAAGACGUACGAGCUCACGCGCGCAUAUUCGAGGAUGUUAUCAAUCAAGCAAACCAAGGUCAUCGAGCGUUCCCCCAACUAUGAUGCUACCAGUCCCCGUCCUGCAAAUCUGAGAUAUGUCUACCUCGUAACUGCUUUCGUAUCCCUGGGAGCCUUCCUCUUUGGUUAUGACCAAGGUGUGAUGGGAAUUAUAGUGGCUGAUGACCGCUGGAUCCAUCUCAUGAAGCCAGCCAAUUCUUGGGUCACGGGUGCUGUCGUAUCCCUGUACGACGUGGGCUGCUUCAUGGGGGCAAUGAGCAUCGGAUAUUUGGCGGACCAAUGUGGUCGAGAACGAACUUUGUCGAUUGCCAGCGUUGUGUUUGUCAUUGGAGCCGUCAUUCAGGCGGCGUCCUACGACGUCCCGACCAUUACUGUUGGGCGUGUCAUUCUUGGAUAUGGAGUAGGGGCCUGUGCGGCGGGGGUGCCCUUAUAUGUAUCAGAGAUCGCUCCGGCAGGGUUGAGGGGUCGAAUCAUUGGUAUCGAACAGAUGAUCCUGUGCUUCGGUGAGCUUAUCGCCUUCUGGCUCGACUAUGGAUUUGCAUACCUGGACACACCUGACUGGUGGCGCAUACCUUUGGCCAUCCAGAUCAUUCCUGCUGUUGUUCUGGCUGUCGGAUGCUGGUUCUGGGUUCCCCCAAGCCCCCGUUGGCUUGUGCAGCAAGACCGACACACUUGCGCGCGAGAGGUUCUCGCGAGGCUGCACGGAGAUGAAGCUGCGGAAAUUGAGAUGCAAGAAAUCGCCGAGAGAGUUGCAUUUGAGAAGAGGGUUGCAGUUACCAGGUGGAAGGAUAUGUUCACUUGGCCCAUUCUGCGUGUCACGCUCAUUGGAACCGGCGUGCAGUUCUUCCAGCAGAUAACGGGCACCAAUUCUAUCCUAUACUAUACCCCAAGCUUGUACGAGCGUGGCGGGAUCAGCUCUGCCCAUACACGCAACUUGGCGACAGGGGGGGUUGGGAUUGUCUUGUUUGUUUUCGCAUGGAUCCCCAUUUUUAUCUUCGACAGGCUCGGACGGAAGACGUGGCUUCAAAUCGGUGUGGUCGGAAUGAUGGGUGCGAUGAUUGGGAUCACAGUCCUUCAGUGGCAUGCAGAGAAAUACCCGGGCGCGAGCGGCAAUUAUGCCAUAGUCGUAUUCCCGUACUUGUUCUAUGUCUUCUUCAACAUCAGCUGGGGCGUGGGGAGUUGGACAUAUGCCAGCGAGAUCUGGCCAGUUGCGCUACGGGCCAAGGGCAACGCGUUGAGCACCAUGAGCUUGUGGACGGGAUGCUAUAUUGUCGCUCAGGCCAGUCCUCCAAUUGGAGAUGCCAUCGGCUGGGGCUUGUAUAUCAUCUACUCCGGGAUCUGUGUGCUGGCAUUCUUGUUUGUCCGGUAUGCCAUGGUUGAAACGCGGGGGCGCACCUUGGAGGAAAUGAGCCAACUUUUUGGGCUUGAAGAUAAGUUCGCGGCUAGGAGGGGUAUCGAUUUAGCGACAGCAUCCGAGUCGAAGACUGGGAAUAUUGUGCAUGAGCAGGUGGAGGAAGUGGGCAAGUGA